AUGGCUGAUGUCCCUGAAGGCUACUAUUCCGAUCCGUAUGGCAAUGAAGACCAGGAUCCUGAGACUUCUGAACUGUCUGAGUCUCUUAAGGUGGCUGAAGAUGCCCAACCAGAACCCACGGCAGAGACCGCAGACCCGGAGCUACACGUAGAGACAGAGAAGAAGCCACAGCAAAAGGCUCAGCCAGAGGUGGAAGCUGAGGACUCCAACGAGGAGGCGCCCGAGAGUGCGAAGGAUGUGCACGCCCACCUAAAACCUGUAGAGCUGUCAGAAGAGAUACCCGCGGAGUCAGAAGACCUUGUUGGAGAGAUGCAACCCCUAGAGGUACAUUUGGAGGGAAUCGUAGAGCUGGGAGAAGAGCUUCACGGGGAGUUGGAGGUCUCUGUGAAUGAAAACCAUGAGCCAGAUCCCGAGCUACCAAAGGAAACGGAGUCUGAGGUCCCAGGGGCCACAAUCAGUGAGACAAGAUUAGAGUUACAAGAGAACGUUCUGGAGGAAUCAACUAGAGAGCAAGAUGGAGAGAUAGAGCUACAAUCUAUAAAUUUGGCCAAACCCGAAUUUCCAAGUGAGAAAUCAAGAAACUCGAUUAAAGAGGCAGAUAUACAGCUGCCAAAGAUGACCACACUACAGGUUCCAGAGGUAACUCAAAGGAAGUCACAUGAGGAGGAAAGGACAGAGCAAGCUGAGCAGGCCAAGCCAGAGUCUCCAGAGGACACACAAAGAAAAUCAGCUCAAGAGAUAGGAACAGAAACAUCAGAGCAGACUAAAUCAGAGUCUCCAGAUCAGAAACCAAGUAAGUCUCCUGAGGAAACACCAACAAAGUCAACUGAGGAGAACGUUCCAGAGACACUAGAAGAGAUCAAGUCAGAGUUUCCGGAGGAAAAAUCAAAGCCACAUGAAAAAAGAGACAUUGAGCCAUCAGAAAAGACCAAACCAGUUCAAGAGGAGACACAAAGAAAGUCAAGUGCAGAGAAAGUUCUAGAGCCACCAGAGGACUCUGAACAAGCACAUCAAAAAGAUAAGCAGAGAAAGUCAACUGAAGAGACAAGCAUAGCACAACCACAGGAGUCCAUGUCAGGGGAGACACUAAAAACGUCAGAAUCAACUGAGAAAAGAAGUGAGGAGACUGAACCAGAGGUUCAAGAAAAGACACAAACAGAACUAACCAAAGAGAAAGAUCUAGAGUUAACAGAUAAAGACAGAGGACUAUACAGUGAAGACACACAUGUACACGUUGUCAAAGAAUAUGAGGCAGAAUCGAUCCAAAACAGUCAAUCUACAGGGAUUAUGGCACCGUAUGACUACUAUCAGAUGAGAAAGUUGCGUGAAAGAGUCAAAAAGCACUUCGUGUCAGAGUCUUUCACAGCCAGCGAACUUGACUCAACAAGUACUAACUACAGUUUUUAUAAAAGUUUCCAAAAUAUAUAUGAGGAUUUUGAUGACAGUCAUUCUGACUAUUCCUCAGUCUAUCAGAAUUAUUUGCAAGAGUCCACUAGUGUAAAGGGAAGUGUGGAUUUAUCCCCAGAACUGAAAGAACUGGUACCUAAAGGUAAAAAAAGACAGUCAAAAAGUAAAGUUACGCUGCAAUUUGAUUUUCUUUCAUGGAGUCCAGAGAGAGUUGCGGAGUGGAUUAGCGAGCUAGGCUUCCCUCAAUACAAGGAGUGUUUUACCACAAAUUUCAUCAGCGGCCAGAAACUCAUCCAUGUAAACUGCUCAAACCUCCCUCAAAUGGGGAUAACAGAUUUUGAGGACAUGAAGGUAAUUUCUCAGCAUACACGGGAACUACUGGGAAUUGAAGAACCGCUAUUCAGUCGCUCCAUCAGCCUUCCCUACAGGGACAAUAUCGGCUUAUUUUUAGAGCAAAAAGGUCAUAGUGGGGUAAAAUCUGAUUCUUUGACUUUUCCUGAAUUUGUGGAAGCAUCAGGGUUACAGGAUUAUGCACCCCAAAUAACUGACCCUGAAGAGAAUGAAACACACUGA